AAGCAGAUGAUGAGGUCACGACGCGAUCACACAGCCCAGUCACAUGAAACGGUUCCUAUACAAGUGUUGUUGUUUUUUUUGUAAUGCACCGAUUGCUGCCUUUUUGUCCACUAAAAACUUUCGCAAGUGAAACUGAAACUGCAGUUUAAACCUGCAGGAAGUGUUAGAAAUCAGCCAUGGACGAGGACGGGCUGCCGAUUGUGGGCUCGGGAGUUGAUCUUACCAAGGUUCCUGCAAUUCAGCAGAGAAGAGUUGUUGCCUAUCUCAAUCAGUUUGUUGUGCACACAGUUCGAUUCCUAAACCGCUUCUCCUCAGUUUGUGAAGAGAAACUGGCAAACAUAUCUCUUCGCAUACAGCAGAUUGAAACCACUCUGUGUAUCUUGGAAGCCAAGCUGUCUUCCAUUCCUGGACUGGAGGACGUCACAAUAGAUGGAAUUAGUCAGCAGCAAACUACACAGGCUAAUGGACCCACUGCUGCCCCUCAGAGCCAAACAGGUGGUCCACCAGCAGGGACUCUGCCACCCCCAGAGCCCGCUCAGACUGCACCAGAAGCUGCAGCGACGCAGAAAGCAGAAGCAGCUGCAGCUGCAGCUGCAGAGAAUGUCAUGACAGUGGCCAAGGACCCACGUUACGCCCGAUAUCUGAAAAUGGUUCAAGUGGGAGUUCCAGUUAUGGCCAUUAGGAAUAAAAUGGUCAUGGAGGGUUUGGAUCCUAACUUGCUUGACACGCCAGAUGCUCCCGUUCCCGACGGAGGAACGAGAGGAACAGAGGAACAAGAUGCUGCUGCCACCAGCUCUGACAGCGAAUCAUCUUUCAGUGACUGACCUCUUUCCUAUAUCCUCCUCACCACAAAGCUUCCUGCGGGGAAUGUCCAUCGCUGUCUGAGCUUCUUUAGGCCUGUACUCAGAAGAGGAGGAUUGUUUUUGAUAAGAUUUCUAUAAAUUGGUAUUACACUAUAGUGACUAAGAAAAAGUGAGUGUGGAGACGUUUGGAAAGCACUUUGUUUACAAGAGCAAGAAUUGUUGGAUCUGUGAUUUUGCCUGUAAUAAACACUCAAACAGUUUGCUUAAAAAAGUGCAUCUUUAUUAUUCAGCUCAGUGGGGCCUUAUAAUGUGUGCAGUACAUUAUUUUACAAGCAAAAAUACAGAACAUUUCCCUUGUAAAUACAGUAUCUGUAGUGAAAAAGUUAAUAAUCUGUAUUCUGUAUGUGACCUCCACUCUUUCCACUUAAACAUUACAGCACAGGAUUUCUCUCUUUGGAAUGCUAUAUGUUAAUCCCACCAAGGAUCUCCCACAGCUACUGGCUGCUGAUAUGAUGCCUAUCAGCCAAUACUCAGGCUCAAGUGUAAUAUCAAGAGCAAACACUUCUGACCACUUUCACACCUUUAUUUUCUUGUGUCAAGUCAGUUCUAUUUAUUAAUCCCCUAAUAAAGAAUUGAGAAUUUG